CUUCAAAAACAUCACUAAACCUAGAUUUCAUCUGAGCUCUAUCCUCUCUCUUCCUCUCUCUCUUAAAACUCCGAAUAUGGCAGGGAAGAGGUUAUUCCAAGAUCUUGAUUCCGACCAAGAAAAUAAGUCCGAUAAACGAAUUAAAUCUCUACCACCCCUUUCCUCUGUGCUUGGAGCAUUCAUCACAGAGAAUACCAUGAAGAGCUUCUCUUCAGCCCUAGAGCCCUUUCUUCGGAAAGUUGUAAGACAAGAGGUAGAAUAUGGAAUAAGUAAAAGAUUCCGAUUUUCUCGGUCAUCGUCGUUCCGGAUGGAAGCUCCGGAGAAUACUACUCCGACAUUUAAGUUGAUGUUCCGUAAGAACUUAAUGAAACCAAUAUUCACCGGAAGCAAAAUCAGUGACGUGGACACCAAUCAACUUGAGAUAAUCCUUGUUGAUGACUCAAACAAUCCGGUGAAUCUCGACCGUCCGAUCAAACUAGACAUCGUUGCUCUUCACGGAGAUUUUCCUUCGGAUGAUAAAUGGAGUAGUGAUGAGUUUGAUGGUAACAUCGUCAAAGAAAGGGAUGGCAAACGUCCGUUACUUACCGGAGACGUAUCUGUGACGGUGAGAAACGGCGUUGCAACGAUCGGAGAAAUCGAGUUCACAGAUAACUCGAGUUGGAUCCGUAGCCGUAGGUUUAGAAUCGGUGCGAGAGUUGCCAAAGGGGGUAGUGAUCAAGGUGUCACGGUUUGUGAAGCCAUGACUGAAGCGAUUGUUGUUAGAGAUCAUCGUGGAGAAUUGUACAAGAAACAUCACCCACCAAUGUUAGAAGACGAAGUGUGGCGGCUAGAGAAGAUAGGGAAAGAUGGGGCCUUUCACAAGAAGCUCUCCUCUAACCAAAUCAAAACCGUCCAAGACUUUUUGAAGUUAUCAGUCGUUAACCCCGAAGAACUUCGUCAGAUUUUGGGGCCUGGAAUGUCUGAUAAAAUGUGGGAAGUAGCAUUGAAACAUGCUAGAGAGUGUAUUUUGGGAAAUAAGUUAUACAUUUCCAAAGGACCGAAUUAUUUCAUGAUUUUGAAUCCGAUAUGCGAAGUUAUGAAAGCAAUGAUCGAUGGUCAUGAUUUCUCUACUCAAGAAGCCCUGAAUCAGCGCUACGUUAAGGACUUAGUUCAAGAAGCUUACUUAAAGUGGGACUUGUUAGAAGAACGAACGAACGAGGCUGCUCUUUUGACACAAGGUGAUGAAUUGGACCACCAAUAUGCAGCGGGCCAGUCCCACUACCAGAACAUGGAAAUCAAUAGGUCAUAUCAACAAAACGGAUAUGUUCAAGAGAGUGUCGUUACAAACAAUUUGGCGAUAGUAAACGAAGGGUACAUAACGACUCCACCGGGAUUCGAUAUAUGUUUCACCGGAUCUUCGUCACAAAACAACCAUAUAAACCCUUUCUAAAUCCUCAUCUAUCUACGUCAGUAUUGGAAGAAAACACACCCUGUCCAUAGUGCCUUGACAGCGGAUCGGACUCUCUCUAAAUGAGAGUUUAAUCUUACUACAUGGAUGGUGAAAACAUGUAAUCUAUAUCUGCAGAUCAUUAUUGUACAUAAAAAGUGUGAAAUUUAGAGUCAUAUAUAUUUUUCGUUGAAUGGUAUACCACCUGUUCACGUUUUCAUGUAAAUAUGAAAACGUUGUUUUUUAUACCAUUCACUUUUUAACAAGUUUUUACGGUUUCAGAAAAUAUUAUUCCGGCUACAUAAAUAUAUGUACUUGUUGAAAGCA